CCUGGACACACCAAGCCCAGCAGGCCGCCCUGUCCGCUCACAGCUGCCACAGGCAGGUCCCUGAGGGCUCCCUCACGGCUGAGGGACCACCAAGAGCGCGGUGCCAGCCGCCCCCAGUGCCAUCACCAGGCCGAGGCAGCCCCAUGGAGGCCAUCCAGGCAUCGUUCCAGAAGGUGGAGAAGAUUGGGGAGGGCACCUAUGGCGUGGUGUACAAGGCUCGCAACAAGCGCACGGGGCAGCUGGUGGCCCUCAAGAAGAUCCGCCUGGACGCGGAGUCAGAGGGUGUCCCCAGCACUGCAAUCCGAGAAAUCUCACUGCUAAAGGAGCUGAAGCACCCAAACAUAGUCAGACUCCUGGAUGUCAUACACAGCCAGAAGAAGCUCUACAUGGUGUUUGAGUAUCUGAAUCAGGACCUGAAGAAGUACAUGGACUCAUGCCAAGCUGGAGAGCUUCCUUUAAGCUUGGUCAAGAACUACCUUUUCCAGCUGCUGCAGGGUGUGAGCUUCUGCCACUCGCACAGGGUCAUCCACAGGGACUUGAAGCCGCAGAACUUGCUCAUUAAUGAAGCAGGAGCAAUCAAGCUGGCUGAUUUUGGACUGGCAAGAGCUUUCGGGGUCCCCCUACGCACGUACACUCAUGAGGUGGUGACUCUGUGGUACCGAGCCCCUGAGAUACUGCUGGGAUGCAGAUACUACUCGACCCCUGUGGAUAUCUGGAGCAUCGGCUGCAUCUUUGCAGAAAUGAUGACCAGGAAGGCCCUGUUUCCAGGGGACUCUGAGAUCGAUCAGCUCUUCCAGAUCUUUCGCACCCUGGGCACUCCCACUGAGGUGACCUGGCCAGGUGUGACCCAGCUCCCUGACUACAAGGGCAGCUUUCCCCGGUGGCCAAGGAAGGAGAUGAAGGACAUUGUUCCAAACUUAGAUCGAGAUGGGAGAGACUUACUGACGCAAUUGCUCCUGUAUGAUCCCAGCAAGCGCAUCUCAGCCAAAGCAGCCCUCAACCACCAGUACUUCCUCUGCAGAAACUCUGGGAGCCCUGAACAGCGACCUGUGCUGCGGAGAGACCGCAGAUGAGAGGACAUGGCUCUCCCCAAGCUCUUGCACCUCCAGGUAGCACUGCAGAUGUGGUCUGGGGCACUUAGCAGGGGCCUGGCUAAAACCCAGGGUCCUGCUUCUCCUGAGGAGCCUGGAAGGGGACAGUCUUGGCAUUUAGAGACUUUCAGUCUGUUACUGGGGGAAAGUUUGGGUUACAGCCAGGAGAGCUGUUCUGAAGAGGUCAUGUGCAAAAGG